AUGACCACCGUGUUCAUGGAGAAAUACGACUGGACAAGCGACAUCUCAGUUGGACCGACAGAGCCGUUUUCUGGGCUCGUGCCCAUCAUGGGCAUGGUACCAUUCGGCCUUGGUCUCAUGGACCUGUAUAUGCCAUCGCAGACUUAUGUUAUUGACAGCCACCCCGAGUACGCAGCUGCUGCAAACGCAACCUUAACCACUGUGCGAUCCUUGGCGGGUGUUCUCUUGGCGGGACCGAAAUAG